AUGCAGUUCACACUCGCCUCCGUUUCCCUCCUUCUAGCUGGCAUGGCUUCGGCCAGCUCGUCCUCUGCGACCUUCACUCCUAUCACUUCCGUCCCCUUACCUCCAUCCAUCAACACUCCUGUCCCCUCCGCCGUGUCGAGUGCUAUCAAGGCUAUUCCAUCUGCCUCCUAUUCUUCCAUCGCUGCUGCCGAGUCUGCCGCCCAGGCUAGCACCAUCAACACCGACAAUUACGACUGUGUCUACCAGAUCUACGGAUGUGACUGGAAACAAUCUGAAUACGGCUACGGCAGUGACUACUGCGGGGUAUCGCCUUUCGAUGCUGGUCAGCAAUUGAGCGACGGCCACGUUGUCCUGGCCGUCUCCAAGGACGGCUCGGGCGAUUGUGCCUCCAAGGCCGGAAACUCGUGCUGCAAGUUGAUGUCCGAGUCACCCUGCAAGCGUGGCGAGAGGUACCUUGACUGUGUCAAGGGCUAA